CGGGGGAGUUGGUGCUGACUUCCAAGCUGCCUGGUGGAAGAAGAGAAAGUGAAUCUGCAGACUGAGGGGAGAGGGAGAAGCCCCUCUCCCCUCCUCCCAACCACAGCACCAUGGGCAACAUUUGUCUGAGGUUCUGGGCGAACUUGCGGCCCUGCCUCCCCUGCUCGUUCCAGGAGGCCGACAAGCCGGCGGUGGUGAUUGAGAACCCAGUGGCCCACUGCUCCCCCGAUCCUCCCCAGUCGCAGAGUCAGGAGCCGAGGAGAAGCCAUGGCCACUACUUUGUGGCUCUGUUUGAUUACCAGGCGAGGACCGCAGAGGACCUGAGCUUCCGCGCGGGCGACAAGCUCCAAGUCCUGGACACUUCCCGCGAGGGCUGGUGGUUCGCCAGGCACUUGGAGAGAAGGGAAGAUGGCUCUGGCCAACGGCUACAGGGCUAUAUUCCUUCUAACUAUGUGGCUGAGGACAGGAGCCUGCAGGCAGAGCCGUGGUUCUUUGGAGCAAUCAAGAGAACAGAUGCAGAAAAACAACUAUUAUAUUCAGAAAAUCAGACUGGUGCCUUUCUAAUCAGAGAAAGUGAAAGCCAGAAAGGAGAUUUCGCCCUUUCAGUUUUAGAUGAAAGGGUUGUGAAACACUACAGAAUCAGAAGACUGGAUGAAGGGGGUUUUUUCCUUACCCAGAGAAGAACCUUUUCAACACUGAAUGAAUUUGUGAGCUAUUACAUCAAGACAAGUGACGGCCUGUGUGUCCCGCUGGGAAAACCAUGUUUAAAGAUGCAAGUGCCAGUGCCUUUUGAUUUGUCGUAUAAAACCGUGGACCAGUGGGAGAUAGACCGCCAGUCCAUACAGCUUCUGAAGCGAUUAGGAUCUGGUCAGUUUGGUGAAGUGUGGGAAGGCCUAUGGAACAAUACCACUUCAGUAGCAGUAAAAACAUUAAAACCAGGUUCAAUGGAUCCAAAGGACUUCCUGAGGGAGGCACAGAUAAUGAAGAACCUAAGACAUCCAAAGCUUAUCCAGCUUUAUGCUGUUUGCACUUUAGAAGAUCCAAUUUAUAUUAUUACAGAGUUGAUGAGACAUGGAAGUCUGCAAGAAUAUCUCCAAAAUGAUGCUGGGACAAAAAUCCAUCUGACUCAGCAGGUAGACAUGGCUGCGCAGGUUGCCUCUGGGAUGGCUUAUCUGGAGUCCCAGAACUACAUUCAUAGAGAUCUGGCUGCCAGAAAUGUCCUGGUUGGUGAACAUAAUAUCUACAAAGUUGCAGAUUUUGGACUUGCAAGAGUUUUUAAGGUAGAUAAUGAAGACAGCUAUGAAUCCAAACAAGAAAUAAAGCUGCCAGUGAAGUGGACUGCGCCCGAAGCCAUUCGUGGUAAUAAAUUCAGCAUUAAGUCCGACGUGUGGUCAUUUGGAAUCCUUCUUUAUGAAAUCAUUACUUAUGGCAAAGUGCCUUAUAGUGGCAUGACAGGUGCUCAGGUAAUCCAGAUGUUGGGUCAAAACUAUAGACUCCCUCAACCACCUAACUGUCCACCACAGUUCUACAACAUCAUGUGGGAGUGUUGGAACGCAGAGCCUAAGGAACGGCCAACAUUUGAGAAACUGCAUUGGGAACUUGAAGACUAUUUUGAAACAGACUUUUCAUUUUCAGAUACAAAUGACUUCGUAAGAUGAACACUGAAGAAGAACAUUAAAUAAUCAAGUAACAAAAGAGUUCAAUAAUCAGUCCAGAAAUACAACCUUAUUAAUCAACUGCCAGAAGAACUUACCUUGACAUAUUCGAGUGAUAGGGUCAGCGUGUCCGUGUAUUAUGAAGAAGAUUAUAGGUGCAUUAUACGUGACUGGGCAACACUGCACGACAGUCUAAGAUGAUAUUUUAUCACUGUCUGGCAAAAAUCAAACACAGAAACACAGUUAUUUUUCUUUUUAAAAAAUACUUAAACAUUUCUAUUUAUUGUUUGAAAUACCGAUCAAGAGGAUCAACAGAUGAUAGUCAAUUUUUACUCAGUGACUGUUGUAGCAUUUUCCUGUUUACUGAUUAGAGUGGUUAUUCAUUAUUCCUCGGAUUGCUGAAUCCCAUCAGGCUGUUAUUAUGAAGGAAUCUGAUUGCUUUGCUGCACAGCAGGACCUGUGCUUUGAGAUUUUUUUUUCUCUUUUAAAAUAUCCUGUAACUACAAUGAUGGUAAAGCCAUGUGAAAUGACUUGAUUGUACUUGGAGCAAU